AUGAAGGUUGGGGCUGCCCUAUGUUCAAAUACAGAUUUCAGGAAAAGAUUGUCUGCAGUUGUUUGGACUGAUUAUCUAUUGCCCAAAGCGUUUGAGACUGAAUGGGCAGCUAUCUUAAAUGAUUUCGGUUUAACCGACCAUGAAUGGCUGACGUAUAUAUACGGGCUCCGUGAAUCAUGGAUUCCAGCUUACUAUCGUGAAGAAGAAAUGUCUGGACUUAUGCGGACAUCAUCUAUAUCCGAAAGCGAUAAUCACAUUUUUGGCAAGAUUAGCAAUCCAAAGUGCAUGUUGGUUGAAUUUCUUAAUCACUUUGACAUAGCUAUCGAAGCGCAAAGACACGAGCAUCGAAAAAUGAUCAUGACACUCGAUACACCAACCCUGCACCGUGCAGUGAUUUUUGUCAGAUUAGAUCAUGUCGGUGAUUUCAUUAAGUAUUUUAUAAAGGAUCUCGAUCAGCCAUGUUCUGUGUUCUUUGAGGUUAUGAUAUGCGAGGAGGAUGCUACUGUUAAGUGUAACUGCAACAGGUUCGAGCAGUUUGGAUUGUUGUGCAGUCACAUUUUUUGUGUGUUACGGAUUCUUGAUGUAAGGGAGUUUCCGAAACAAUAUAUAUUGAGGCGAUGGACGCGUGAAGUUGUUCCAAAUAGUUCCCCCGGGUCCAUUCUUACGGAUGGUGGUGAUCCAGAUCGUAGUAAGGAGGUUAGCCGUUGUGUUCGUGAGAUUAGUCAUGCAACUGAGUAUGUUGUGAACAAGUUAAUUUCAAAAUUUGAUCAGUUGUGUAAUUUUCGUGAUCAUAUCAAGCAGUUUAUGUCAGUCGCUGAUGAAGCUCAGAUAAAUGCACCUCCCAAGACACAACGUAAUCGAUUUGCUGAACUGCUAGGAGUUGCUCCAGAGAGCACGGCCACUAUCUGUGUUCCAGUUGGUACCAGGUUCAAGGGUUGUGGUUCUCAUAAACGCCUCAAAUCUCAAAAGGAGCGAGCCAUAAGUCAGCCUGGAAGUAAACGUCGUCAAUGUUCAUUUUGUAAAAAAUAUGGUCAUAACAGAGUAACGUGUUGGAAAUACACUGUGGAUGUGCCUGAGGCAGUGGCUUCGCGGAAUGCUGAAGGUAAUGAUGCUACAAUUGGUGAAGGUGACGCUUCUAUAGUGGUUGAAGGUGAUUGUCCUGGAUCAAACGAUGCUGAUGAUGUGUUUUACACAUCUGGAAACGAUGCAGAUAUGGAUGAUGAAGACAUGGCAGAGUAG